AGUGACUGCGAACCCAAAUUCUUAAGCGGGACGAUUUCGCUCCUUCUCUGCCUCGAAGCCCUAAUCUAUAUUUUUUCUUGAGCAGUCCUCUUCCUCUGCUGAAUCCCCAACCGGUGUUUGCUUUCAACUUCGCGAGCAGUUUUCUGGAUAUCAAGACCCUUUGCAGUCGCUCACCUUGGAAGCUCUAUACAAUCACUGGUUCUCAUGGCUAACAAUCCAUCACAGCUCCUCCCAUCAGAGCUGAUAGAUCGCUGCAUAGGAUCCAAAAUAUGGGUCAUAAUGAAAGGAGACAAGGAACUUGUUGGCACUCUCAGGGGCUUUGACGUCUAUGUUAACAUGGUUCUCGAAGAUGUCACUGAAUAUGAAAUCACAGCAGAAGGACGAAGAAUAACCAAACUUGAUCAGAUCUUGCUGAACGGGAACAAUAUUGCCAUUCUUGUCCCUGGCGGUUCCCCUGAUCCAGAGUGACAACUCGAGGACCUUCGCUUGCAUUCUGAUUCUUGUUUUGAUGCAAUUGGAUAUGUUAUGGGACCAUCAAUAGCAAUCGGAUUUGUGUUUUAUUGUAAAGUGUUUUCUAAGUAUUGGAUUUAUUAUGGUAGAAACUGAUUUUAAUGAAUUGUGGUUCCCCUGAUCCUUCCUGAGUGAUAACUUGGAUGAUCUUCACUUGCA